AUGAAACCUUCAAAUAUAAAUAAAAGAAAUAUAGAAAAUAAAGAAAAUAAAAGAAAAAAUUUCAAAAAGUUUUCAAAUUUUAUUAAAAGAAAAUUAAAACUAGAUAAUAGAUUUGAGUAUAUUAGAAGAGAUGUCGCAACUUUUUUUUCUGGUGUUUUAUAUUAUUUAAUUAAAGAACUAUUUAUAAUUUCAAUCCACACUUUGGUUUUAAACAAUAAAACAACAAUUACUCCAAGAACCAUUUAUUUAACAAUUAAAAGUGAUGAAGAAUUUGAAAAUCUUUUAAAAAAA